AUUUUACCUAUCUUUAAAGUCUAGAUGUGGAACUCUUCUGUCUUGAGGGCAAUUAAAUCAAAGGCAAGAUGAUGGUUAGAUGACGUAAAUUUUGUGUAACAUUAGCCUUUGCAAACAAGAUAUGGAUGCUUCAUGAGGGGUCAUAAAGCAAAACAAAGCAUGGGACAAGCUGUGUGGGAAAUGAACAAAGCUCAAAAAUGAAGUUAAGGAUAGUAAUCCAAACGUUAUAACCAAAACCUCCUUUUAAGCCUAAGCAGAAUCAGAUUCCUAAAUGAAAGUGAAGAAUUUCCAGCAGACAAUCCAAAAGUAGAAAUACAAAGUGGGUGUCUGAUUCUUCAAAUUCUCAAAAAUCUAACAUUGCUUUCUCGUUAUUCAACCAAUCAUUGUUCCAAUGUCUAUUCACGACUUCACACCAGCGAAGACUUGUUGCAUGGUGGUUAGAAUUAACCUCGACUGCAACGCUUGCUGCAGGAAAGCAAGGAAAAUUAUUCUCAACAUGAAAGAGAUAGAGACACACAUGAUAGCUAAGCAGGAACGCAGGAUAGUUUUGUGCGGGAGAUUUACACCUGCAGAUGUGGCAAUAAAGCUGAGAAAGAAGAUGAAUCGCAGGGUGGAAAUAUUGGAAAUCCAGGAGAUGGGUGGUAGUGACAGAAUUGAAGAACCAAGGCCAAUAAUCUCCGCCUCUUAAAAUCUGAAUAAGCCUGAUAUUGGUUGACGUCUGGAAGCCACAGCCAGAGGUGAUUGUGAUUUGUGGCAGGAGAAUUGUGGACAAAUUAGAUGAAAAUGAUUAAGUUGCGUAGAGAUAUCAUUCUGUACAUCGAAAUGUGAUUCUUUCUUGAAAGUUUCUUCUGCAAAAUCUGAACAGCUAAUGGAGUAAAUGUAAAAGAACGUCCAAGAAUCAGCUCA